AGUCAAUGGAUGAGCCUCGAUCCUGAAAAUUUUCACUCUUUCUACAUCCCUCCCCUUUUCCUUAAUACCUUAUCCCUUUCAGAGAUCCCUGGCGGUGACUGGAGAGUUAAAAUACAGAAAACACGUAAGCAGCAACAGCCGCGUUCGGUAGGGGGAGAUUGCCUUGCCAAUACAAACAGCUAUACAGGGCGCUUUCAACGUCAGGCGUCCGACUACAUCGCAUCCUUGUAUCUCUGUAACUAACAGGAGCAGGUUGGAUUUCUUAUUAAUACCAGGAUUUUUGAUUUCCUUCCUAAUAGCUUUUAAGCAGGGGUGCUGGACUUCAUACAGUCUGUUCAACGCUCUUUUUCAUCUGCAUUUGCUGCCACUACAUAUCCUUCGGGUCCUGCAUCUUUCAUCUUAGCUAGGUAGCUACCACUGUAGAAAACAACUGCAAAACCCAAAAUGUUGGAUCCGUCGUCCAGCGAAGAGGAAUCAGACGAGAUAGUGGAAGAGGAGAGCAAAGAGGUAAUGGCACCUCCGGCCGGAGCUCGGCUUUCCCCAAGCCGGACCAGCGAGAGCUCCGGCGGGCUACAGCCCAGCAGUCGGAGCAGUAGCGUCCGCCCAUCCAGCCCGAGUCCUUCGGUGGUAAGCGAGAAGGAGAAGGAGGAGAUGGAAAAAAUGCAGAAGGAGGAGGAGGAAAGAAAGAAGAAGCUGCAGCUAUAUGUCUUUGUGAUGAGGUGCAUUGCCUACCCGUUCAAUGCAAAACAACCAACAGACAUGGCGAGACGACAGCAAAAGAUAAGCAAACAACAGCUUCAGACAGUGAAAGAUCGAUUCCAGGCAUUUCUAAAUGGAGAGACUCAGAUUGUGGCAGACGAAGCUUUCAUCAAUGCUGUCCAGAGCUAUUAUGAGGUGUUUCUCAAGAGUGACCGGGUGGCUCGGAUGGUCCAAAGUGGAGGCUUUUCUGCCAACGACUCAAGGGAAGUUUUCAAGAAGCACAUUGAGAAGAGGGUGCGCAGCUUGCCCGAGAUCGACGGCCUCAGUAAGGAGACUGUGCUGAGCUCCUGGAUGGCCAAGUUUGAUGCCAUCUACCGGGGUGAGGAAGACCCUCGCAAGCAGCAGGCCAGGAUGACAGCAAGCGCUGCCUCCGAGCUCAUCCUCAGCAAAGAGCAGCUGUACGAGAUGUUUCAGCAGAUCCUAGGAAUAAAGAAAUUUGAACACCAGUUGCUGUACAAUGCCUGUCAGCUGGAUAACCCAGAUGAGCAGGCAGCUCAAAUUAGAAGGGAGCUUGAUGGACGCCUCCAGAUGGCAGAUCAGAUUGCAAGAGAGCGCAAAUUUCCAAAGUUUGUGUCAAAGGAGAUGGAGAACAUGUACAUUGAAGAGCUGAAGUCCUCUGUGAAUUUGCUCAUGGCUAACCUAGAGAGCAUGCCUGUGUCCAAAGGAGGCUCUGAGUUCAAGCUACAGAAGCUGAAACGCAGUCACAACACAUCCAUCAUUGACAUGGGCGAAGAGAAUGAAAACCAGCUUUCUAAAUCUGAUGUUGUCCUGUCUUUCACUCUUGAGGUUGUGAUCAUGGAGGUCCAGGGUUUGAAGUCCUUGGCUCCUAACCGUAUAGUUUACUGCACGAUGGAAGUUGAAGGUGGAGAAAAAUUACAAACUGAUCAGGCAGAAGCAUCCAAGCCAACCUGGGGAACUCAAGGUGACUUUACCACGACACAUCCUCUGCCUGCUGUGAAGGUGAAACUAUUCACUGAGAGCACUGGAGUGCUGGCUCUGGAAGACAAGGAACUGGGAAGGGUUGUUUUGCAUCCGACGCCAAACAGCCCCAAACAAUCCGAAUUACACAAAAUGACAGUUUCCAAAAAUUGCCCUGAUCAAGAUUUGAAAAUUAAACUUGCCAUUCGAAUGGAUAAACCACAGAAUAUGAAACAUUGUGGGUACCUAUGGGCAAUUGGAAAAAAUGUGUGGAAGAGAUGGAAGAAAAGAUUCUUUGUCCUGGUGCAGUCACGUGUUAGUCAGUAUACCUUUGCUAUGUGCAGUUACAGGGAGAAGAAAGCUGAGCCACAGGAGCUGCUGCAGCUUGAUGGAUACACUGUGGACUACACUGAUCCACAGCCAGGUUUGGAAGGUGGUAGAGCUUUCUUCAAUGCUGUAAAGGAAGGAGACACAGUGAUUUUCGCCAGCGAUGAUGAGCAGGACCGUAUUCUGUGGGUGCAGGCUAUGUAUCGUGCCACAGGCCAGUCGCACAAACCCGUGCCACCCACCCAGGUUCAGAAACUCAAUGCCAAGGGAGGAAAUGCACCCCAGCUGGAUGCCCCCAUUUCACAGUUUUCUGGACUCAAGGAUGCAGACAGAGCUCAAAAGCAUGGAAUGGAUGAAUUUAUCUCAGCUAACCCCUGUAACUUUGACCACAAUUCACUGUUCGAGAUGGUACAGCGACUCACAUUGGACCAUAGGCUGAAUGAUUCCUACUCUUGUCUGGGCUGGUUUAGUCCAGGACAGGUGUUUGUCCUUGACGAAUACUGUGCCCGCAAUGGAGUAAGAGGCUGCCACAGACAUCUCUGCUAUCUCAAUGACUUACUCGAAAGAGCAGAAAAUGGAGCUAUGAUUGAUCCAACUCUCCUGCAUUACAGCUUCGCUUUUUGUGCUUCUCAUGUUCAUGGGAAUAGUCAGAAAAUGCCAGAUUUACUUGGUGGCCUACAUAAUACAGAGGCUGAGGGGGACAAAUCCCAGAGCCCCUCAGUCGUUGAGCCUGAGGGUAACUCAAAAAAGGAUUUCAAAAAGGAUUCUAAAAAAAAAAGGGAUUCCAAAACUCAACAAGCCCCAGAGCCAAAAAGGCCUGAUGGAAUAGGAACAGUAACAGUGGAAGAGAAAGAGCGCUUUGAAGAGAUCAAAGAACGCCUGCGUUUGCUUCUCGAAAACCAGAUCACACAUUUCAGGUAUUGCUUCCCAUUUGGUCGACCUGAAGGUGCAUUAAAAGCUACGUUGUCUUUGUUAGAAAGGGUUCUUAUGAAGGACAUAGUAACUCCAGUUCCACCAGAGGAGGUGAAAGCUGUUAUCCGCAAAUGUCUUGAGCAAGCUGCGCUGGUCAACUAUACCCGGCUGUCUGAGUAUGCCAAAGUGGAAGGGAAAAAGAGAGAAAUGUAUGAACAUCCUGUCUUCUGCUUGGCCUCUCAAGUGAUGGAUUUAACCAUUCAGAAUCAAAAGGAUCCAGCUCCAAGAUCUAGGCCUAAACUUCCACAAGCUCCUCCGCCCAUUCAGUCACAUCUAGACAUGAUAAAUCAGAGACUCAGAAGCAUGCCUAGGCAAAUACCAAAAAAUGUAGGCCGCUUAGUCACACCAGCCAAAAAGCUAGAAGAUACUAUUCGUCUUGCCGAAUUGGUUAUUGAGGUUCUGCAGCAAAAUGAGGAGCACCAUGCUGAGGCAGCAGUCACAAGUACUGGAGAUCAAACAGGGGGAAAAGAGGCCUUUGCGUGGUGGUCAGAUCUCAUGGUAGAGCAUGCUGAGACCUUCUUGUCUCUCUUUGCUGUGGAUAUGGAUGCGGCAUUAGAAGUUCAGCCACCAGACACUUGGGACAGCUUCCCACUAUUCCAGCUGUUGAAUGACUUCCUUAGAACUGACUAUAAUCUGUGUAAUGGAAAAUUCCACAAACACCUUCAAGAUCUGUUUGCUCCCCUUGUGGUUAGAUAUGUCGACCUGAUGGAGUCAUCAAUUGCACAAUCAAUUCAUAGGGGCUUUGAACGGGAGUCGUGGGAGCCUGUAAAGAGUUUAACAAGUAAUCUUCCCAAUGUGAAUCUACCAAAUGUGAAUCUCCCUAAAGUACCAAAUCUACCAGUUAACCUCCCACAAAUGCCUAGCUUUUCUACUCCGUCUUGGAUGGCUGCUAUAUAUGACUCUGACAACGGAUCAGGUACCUCUGAAGAUCUGUUCUGGAAGCUUGAUGCUCUACAGACCUUCAUCCGAGAUCUCCACUGGCCUGAAGAGGAGUUUGCAAAACACCUGGAGAGCCGAUUAAAGCUCAUGUCCAGUGACAUGAUUGAGUCAUGUGUAAAGAGAACAAGGGUUGCUUUUGAAGCAAAGCUGCAAAAAACCAGCCGGACGACAGAUUUCCGUGUCCCACAGUCAAUAUGCACAAUGUUUAAUGUGAUGGUAGAUGCCAAGGCUCAAUCUGCAAAACUCUGUAGCAUGGAAAUGGGCCAAGAGUUUGUAAAAGAGUGGAGACAGUACCACUCCCAAAUAGACAAUCUAAUUGAGGAAACUGUCAAAGAAAUGAUUACCCUCUUGGUUGCAAAGUUUGUUACCAUAUUGGAGAGUGUGUUGGCUAAAUUGUCCAGAUAUGAUGAGGGGACUCUGUUUUCAUCAUUCCUGUCUUUCACAGUGAAAGCAGCCUCAAAGUAUGUGGAUGUACCUAAACCUGGGAUGGAUGUAGCAGAUGCCUACGUGACCUUUGUGCGCCAUUCACAGGAUAUCCUUCGUGAAAAGGUCAAUGAGGAGAUGUAUAUAGAAAGGUUAUUUGAUCAAUGGUACACCAGUACAAUGAAUCUCAUUGGCACCUGGUUGACGGACCGAAUGGACCUACAACUUCAUGUUUAUCAGCUGAAAAUUCUUAUUAGGAUUGUAAAGAAAAAAUAUAGGGAUUUUCGACUGCAGGGUGUGCUGGACUCCACUUUAAACAGCAAGAUGUAUGAGACUGUUCGGAACCGACUGACCCUGGAAGAGGCCACAGCAUCAGUGAGAGAAGGUGGUGGCAUGCAGGGAAUAACGAUGAAGGACAGCGAUGAGGAAGAUGAAGAAGAUGACUAGAUCUUCAUAAAUAGUGCCCCCACUUUUGAUUUAGCCUGGUAACAAAUGCAUGUACCAACUCUGUUAUUCAGUUAGCCACUCUAGGAAUUUUUCUGUCAGCUCUUUAAUGCCCAUGAUGAAACUAUAACAGUAACAAAAAAUAAAAACAAGAUUGACAUUUUAGCCGUGUUAUAACAAAGUUAGCACCAAUCUUUGACUCAUUGAUUUCUAAAUUCAUUUCUAUGUGUUCCUAAGCAAUAUGGAGUACCAUUUGUUUGACAAUGUUAAGUGAGAUAAUUAGGAAUACUGCUAGGUGUGUCCCUGUUUAAAGCAAACCUGUGUGGCGCUUCUUCUACGUCCUGUACAUACAUCGAUGGUACAUUGUUGUGAAGAUGAGUGUAUAGAUCCUUUUUGUUUCAUUCGUUUUUAAGUGGAUGCCAACUGCUUAAAAUAACAUGACUCUCUGUAUUUAAGUAUUUCAUAUACUGGACAUUUUCAGUCAGCGUGUGUUUUAAGUUCCUGUCCUCCAUUCUGGUUGAAAUGUCUCAUCACCUUUUUACCAACAAGAUGUUGUUAAGCCACAAUUUUCAAUGAAAUGAGCUAGUAUUUUAGAAAUGCUCAUUUUUCUUUUGUGAUAUCUUGUUGGAGAAUAAUACAGGUCAUUUUUUAUGUUUUAAGUAACUGGUGAAUUUUAAAUUCUUAUAUUUUAGUUAUGUAGCACUUUUACAUAAUAAUCUUUUUGAAGACGAAAAAAAGUUUUCCCUUACCUAUCUUACUUUAACCACUCCUGGAACUGGAAGUGUGUUUAUAAUUUUUUUUUGUAUUUCAAUAGUACAAAAUGCCCAACAUUAUUUUAGUUCCAGUGUUGUUUUGUAUAUAUAACGCUGUACAUUGCAUUUUAAGCAGUAGCUGCAUGUCCCAGGAUCAUUCCUCUACAAAAGCUUUUGUUUCUGUGUGAAGUAACUGGUGGAUCCAUCUUGCUUUUGCCUUACACAAGCCAACGGUUGUAAUAUGCAAGAACUGUGGCCUCUCAAUAAAAUAACUGUACAAAUA